AUGAGCGCCGCCGCUCUCUACAGCCUGGACUCCCCGGCAUGCUAUAAGAGCUGGUGCCUGGAGCCCGCCAACUUCUACGACGCCAAGGUGGGCAGCGGCGGCGGGCCGGGUCCCGCCUGCAAGCCCGCGGCCCGCGGCGGCUGCGGGAUGAGCGGCGAGGAGGCGGGCGGCGGCCUGGGGGGCAGCGGCACCAACCUGGCGGAGCUGAGCGCCGCCGCCCCGGCAAUGUACGAGGACGAGAGCGCCAUCGACUUCAGCUCCUACAUUGACUCCAUGUCAGCCGUCCCCAACCUAGAGCUCUGCAACGACGAGCUCUUCGCCGACCUCUUCAACAGCAACCACAAGCCCGAGCGGGGCGGGGACUACGGCGAGUACUUGCCGCCGGGCGGCGGCGCCGGCCGCGACCCUACCAAGGACCUCGGCACUGCCAUGACCACCCUGCUGGGCGCCGAGCCCCGCACCGCCUCCUCCUCCUCCUCUUCCUCUUCCUCCUCCUCCUCCUCCCGCGGCGCCCUGAAGCAGGAGCCGGACUGGAGCGACAGCGACCUCUCCUCCUCGCUGCUGCCCUCGCAGAUCGCCACCUGCGCCCAGACCAUCAUGAACCUGAGCGGGCAGCCCACGCCGCCCACCUCCCCUGAGCCGCCGGGCAGCAGCUCCCCGUCCAGUUGCAGCACCCGCUCCCCGGGCCCCGCCGCCGGCUCUGUGCCCGGCUCGGCGCAGGGCGUCCCGGCGCCGGUGGCUCCCGGCGGGAAGGAGCGCGGCGGCAAGAAGUGUGUGGACAGGUUUAGCCCCGAGUACCGGCAGCGCCGGGAGCGCAACAACAUCGCGGUGCGCAAGAGCCGCGACAAGGCGAAGCGGCGCAACCAGGAGAUGCAGCAGAAGCUGCUAGAGCUGUCGGCCGAGAACGAGAAACUGCAUAAGAAGAUCGAGCAGCUCACCAGGGACUUAACCAGCCUCCGGCACUUCUUCAAGCAGCUGCCCAGCGCCUCCUUCCUGCAGCCCGGCUCGGGCACCGACUGCCGGUAACCGGGGGGGAGCGGGACGGAGAGACGGACUCCGGGAGACCGUGGAUAAAUACCUCAGAGGGCCGGGCCUUGCCGAGCCGAGCC